AUGUCUCACUUAACCCAGAUUGUCCGGUUGACUCACAAGAUUAUUGAUCAGGAGGUGGAAAGCAACUCACUGCCACCGCGUGUGUCUAAAGCUACUACUGCCACCACCACAGCCACUACUCCCGUCACUGAUGGCAAACGCAAGUGGGGUGAUAUGGACAAGGCGUCCAACUCGGUUCAGCCCCAAAAGAAGACAGAUACUGGCAGUACUCGCAGCUUUAGCCAAUCAUCCUCAGUGAAUCAAAAUCAGAGACCUUAUGUGGGAAAGAAGCCUCAGUGUAGCAAAUGUGGGUUUCAUCAUUAUGGGCAGUGUGAUCGAGUGAUCAAGGAAACGGAACAAGGUUUGGAUAUGAGUUCGUUGAUCCAUGUCAUCGGUCGUGACCUCACAAUGAAAAGUCUCAUGUGCCUGCCAAGAUACAACUAUGCUCGCAUCGCGUCACUAAACCGGAGUUUUCGUGAGCUCAUUAGAAGUGGUGAACUUUAUAGGCUAAGAAGCGUUCAUCAAGUAAUUGAACAUUGGGUCUAUUUUUCUUGUGACCCAUUGAAGUGGGAAGCUUUUGAUCCUGUCAAUGAGAAAUGGAUGAAUCUACCCAUGAUGGAUACUGACUUAGGCUUCCAGUUCUCGGAUAAAGAGUCCAUGGCAGUUGGCACAGACCUGCUGGUUAUAGGAAAUGAUAUGCUUGGUCCGGGUAUCUACAAGUACAGUUUAUUAACAAAUUCAUGGUCACAAGGGCUGCCAAUGAAUGAACCCAGAUGGUUGCUUGGGUCGGCCAGUUUUAAGAAUAUUGCAAUCUUUGCAGGUGGUGUGGAUCGAAAUGGAAAGAUCAUGGAUGCGGUAGAAAGUUACGACAGUGAGACAGGGACUUGGAAGACACUUCCUAGUAUGAUUAAGCCGCGGAAAUUGAGUUCUGGGGUCUUUAUGGAUGGUAAGUUUUAUGUAAUAGGAGGGAUUAGCAGUAAUGAUUCAAAUCCGUUGACAUGUGGAGAAGAGUAUGAUCUGGAUACCCAAAAGUGGACUGAAAUUCCCAACAUGUCACCUGGUGGUGGCGGACCUGGAAUGGCUCCGCCGCUGCUUGCAGUGGCAAGCAAUGAGUUAUAUGCUGCUGAUUGUGCAGCAAUGGAACUGAAGAUAUAUAGCAAGAAGAACAAAGAAUGGGUUGCUAUUGGAAGGUUGCCUGAAAUAGCACACAGUAGGGAUGGUUGGGGUAUUGCAUUUAGAGGAUGUGGGAAUCGUGUCGUCAUCAUUUGUGGUCCUAGAGAUACCCAGAAUAGAUAUAUAGAGAUAUAUUCAUGGGUCCCUAGCGAAGGGCCACCACAGUGGAUGAGGAUUGGCUGGAAAAGUAGUAAUAACUUUGUCUUCAAUUGUGCUAUAAUGGGCUGUUAA